CAUUCAAACAUCAAAACCCCUUUUAGGGAUUUUGAACCCUGAGUGCUAUGGGUCUUCGCAUGCUAUUUCCGAAAUCCGGAGCAAUCAAGGGCGAAACGAUCAGUUUCUCGUUCGUCUUCGGUCAAACCCGGCACUAAAUUUGCUGGUACAACAACAAGCUAGUUUUUCUGGUGAUACUUCCCUGUUUGCUAUAAUCUGUGACAUUACAAAGGAAACCAAGCAUUUCUCUCUAGCAGUUGAUUAUCAUGGCAUACUUUCCAGCAAUCUUCUUGCUGACUCUCUUAUCUGCCAUUAUGCCUGUUUUAUGCAGCGCGACAUCGAAUGUACCCAGAGACUGUCACCCAUUGCCAAAACAUUUCGGCUUUCUUCCCCAUCCGGUCAGGUUCGAAGUCUUGCGCAAAGAAAAACAUGACGAAAAAAUAUGCUUCCAGGGAUCGAUCGAAACCAGGAAAAGCCAAUCUAUGGAGAUGAAUCAACCUAGCAGGCCUCAGGAGCCGUUUUCAUCAACGCGAGCCGAAAAUGACGAUACAGAGACAGGUGUUACUACUUCACAGGGUUCUAAUGGCAAACUGGCGGAGGGUACGGAACUCAAAUUCCCAACAUUCGCGAAGAAGAGCCUUCCCGCUACUGAGCAUGGACUCAAUGAUAUGAGCUCGCCAUUUCCCUCUAAAGAAGAUACAUCCGUUCCUUCCGUUGACAGUUCACUCCACUCAAUCAUUUAUUCAUUCGCCAUGAUCAUUGUCUCUGAGAUUGGUGACAAGACUUUCAUUAUUGCUGCACUAAUGGCGAUGAGAUGCUCACCUUUGUUUGUAUACAGUGCUGCUCUCUCUGCCUUGGUUGCAAUGACUCUGCUUUCGGCCCUUCUCGGCCGCAGUGUUCCGACAUUGCUUCCCGAUACAUACACAAAAAUGUUGGCGGCCGUACUAUUCUUCGCUUUCGGCUUGAAGAUGCUUAAAGAGGGCUAUGAAAUGGCUCCAAAUGAAGGCCUCAGCAGUGAGAUUUCGGAAGUUGAAACGGAAUUGAAGGAAAAGGACCAUGAGCGAGUACGUGACGGCGACCAAGAUACACAUGGUGAAAUUUUCGAUGUGGAAGCUGGUCAUGAUAGACAAGAUUGCCCAGCGGAUCAGUCACCUGCUUCGCUAGGUAGAAAUUUGUCUGCAAGCCACCAGUUUCCUGGUUCUGUUCGGUGCCAUUGGCAAUCUCUCAUGGCAGGAAUGAGCAACCUAUUCUCCCUUUUUCUCAGCCCUCUAUUUGUGCAAAUAUUCGCUAUGACCUUUUUCGCGGAGUGGGGUGACCGCAGUCAACUUUCCACCGUGGUAAUGGCAACUGGUCCAGAUUAUUGGCUAGUGAUUCUUGGAGCUGUUUCUGGGCAUGCGCUCUGUACCGGAAUCGCUGUAAUUGGUGGCCGAGCCAUUGCUGGUCGAGUUAGCAUGCGAGUUGUGACGUUGGGCGGCGCGGCCCUUUUUCUGCUAUUUGGACUCAUAUACCUGUUUGAUACCAUCCGAUAA